AUGAAGAUUGUGGUGAUCGGUGCAGCACCAACAGGAUUAGGUGCAGCAUAUCGUUUGCAACAAUUACAAAAAGAUAAUAUCAGUUCUGCAAUAAACGUAGAAUUAGUUGUUUUAGAACAAGUAAAUAUCACUUUAAUUUUUUAAUU